CAAAAAUGUCCGUUCAUGGUUUUCAAAAAUCCAUCAAAAUCAGAGACCCGAAAUUUCCAAAUCGUGGGACCUCAAACAUGAUUAAACGUAAGAUUGAGAUUCGGCGCAUUUACAGUUUAAUGUACACAAACAAAACUUGUGGCAUUUUCUCGUGAAGACGAAGCGCCAGGAGCGUUUUGCAGUUACCCUCACAAUUCGCAUCCUCAUAAACUAACUCUGCCUCCACUUCUUUCGCUCUCUAAAACCCCCUCUUUCUCUCUUUCUCUCUCUAUAAAAAUUCUCCCAAUUCUACAGUAACUGAUCAUCCACUUCAACAGGGCCUUGUUGUGUUCGUUCAAAAUCAAAUGGGUCCGUGAAAUUUUGACGGAAUGAGGCUUGCAACCGGGGAAAAUCCGAGCUCGACGCCACCAAAGCUGUCUCUGUUUUCUCUUCCAAGACAGCCGCCGGAGCCACCGGGUCUGGUGACGCCUCCGCUGCACGCGUCAAUUUCUGUGCCGUUUCAAUGGGAGGAGGCACCAGGGAAACCGAGACCAUUCGGAAUUAUUGAACCGAAUUCAAAGCCCAAAAGUGCAAGAUCCCUGGAUCUGCCUCCGAGGCUAUUCACUGACACCAAAGUGGCUCAUUUUUCCUCUCCAACGACCGCCGUGGACGACCCCGUUGUCGGCCAAGACCUGUCUUCCAAUUUGUCGUUCAGGUUCCCCGACACGUGGGCGGAGACUGCGACAAGGGAGGGCAAGCAUGGUAAAUAUGUCGGGUCCAGGCGGUGGAUGAGCUUCAGGAAGAAUAAGGAGGUUCCGAAGGGCGCGUCAGAAAUACCGCGUUCGGCCGGCGGUGACAACAGCGGUGGCCGUAAUGCUGGGAGUGGCGAGGGCGAAACGAGGGUGAAGAUCACAAGGUUUAGGAGUAGAAGAAGGCUGUUUAGAAAAUCGGAUACAAAGUCGCAGUUGAUCGCAAGUAUCUAUGGGAGCUUGAAGCAAGUGAUUCCAUGGAGACGCAAGCCGGAUGAAACGAGAACAGUAUCACAAUGAUCAUACAAAUCCAGAUAUAACCCAUAAUAUUAGUGAAAUAUCUAAAUAUCAUGUCAUAAAUUUUCAACUAUUUUCUUUUUCCGAAGAAUCUUAUAUACAUUCAAAUUACUAUAAUUACUACUUGUCUUUCGCAUGUUUGGCUGUAAAUAUCCUU